AUGGCUGUGAACGGUUUCUACGUUGUACAGGGAGAGGCGAAUGCGGUUGUGGCGCUGCUCAAGAAGGCACAUCGUGGCGCCUGGCCGCACCAGCAACAGCACGUCCAGCUUGGCCAUUCGUUGUUGGACGAGACCGAUCCGCUGCUGAGGAAUUUUGCCGAUUUGCGUGACGUUUUCAGUUCGGUGAACGAUCUGACGGAUAUGAAUCCGAACACAUUCUUGAGCCCGUUUCUGGAUGUAAUCCGUUCGGAUCAGACGAAUGGACCUGUCACAGCACAGGCACUUUCAUCAGUUGCUAAAUUUCUCAGUUACGGACUGAUCGAUAGCUCCAGCAUUAAAGCAUCAAAUGCAGUGGAAAAUAUUGCCAGUGCUGUGACGCAUGCAAAAUUUGUUGGCAGCGCGGACAGCGGCAGCGAUGAAGUAGUUCUGUUGAAAAUUUUGCAAGUUUUGCGUACGCUUCUGCUCACACCGGUCGGAAGAUUGCUGUCGAAUGAAAGUGUUUGCGAAAUGAUGCAAAGUUGCUUUCGGAUUAGCUUCGAGCCUGCUCUAAGUGAACUUUUGCGAAAAGUUGCUGAAGCAACUCUUUCCGAUAUGACACAGCUACUGUUCACGAGGCUUCCUUCAUUUAAGGAAGAUAUCCGGCAUCCGUAUAUCCGAAAAUUGGUUAGCUUUCGAGAGGAAGCUUUAUUUUCAAAAUCGAAAACUUGA